UAAAUACCGAUAUAUCUUUAUUUAAAUUUAAGUACUCGUCGAAGUAAGCUGUUUAUCAUUUUAGAGUUAAAUUAUAAAUCAAUAUAAUAUGAUCACGUGCUGAUUUUAAAUUCGUAUUUCUUAUGGCCGAAAAUAAAUAGAAGUGAGAAGGUCACAAUGUUCUCUAAGGACCAGGCCAGUCAAAUCAUUUUAUACUUUCUACUAAGUAUUGCUCAGCAGUCAGCCCAGUCUGCAGUAUCUGAAACUGUUCUGGAUCUUGAGUCGUCCAGACCCAUAGUGCAUACUCCAGUAGGCUGUUUUCGGGGUCUUCGGGCCCAUGAUGGGGAUUACUCCAUGUUUCUAGGUAUCCCGUAUGCAAGAGUUGAUCCGGACAACGUUUUUGGUCCUCCUAUUCCGCACAGAUUUGAAGGGAUAUUUGAUGCAGUCGACGAUACGGCAAGGUGCCCUCAAAUUGAAGAAUUUAACCACACAAUUACUGGGACACUGGACUGCCUUCAUGUCAACAUUUACGUACCAAACAGUGCCAGUAUGGAUAAUCCCUUACCUGUGAUGAUCCAAAUAUUUGGAGGAAAAUUCCAAUUCGGAUUUGCAGGCAGAUACCUUUACGGACCACGCUUUUUAGUCAGACAUGACGUCAUUUUCAUUACUUUCAAUUAUCGACUUGGCCCUUACGGUUUUAUGUGUUUAAACACUUCUAAAGUACCAGGGAAUCAAGGUUUCAAAGACCAAGUACAAGCACUACGCUGGAUUAAAGAAAAUAUACGAUAUUUUGGUGGAGACGACUCUAAGAUCACGAUAGCGGGAAAUAGUGCAGGCUCAAUAUCUGUGGAUUUCCAUGUGCACUUUUUACAAGAACCAUUAUUUAAUAAAGUGAUUUUGCAAAGUGGUGUUAUAUUAACUGAAAAAGUAUUCAAAGAUUCUGAUCUAGAUGCUCCUUUAAAGUUGGCAAAGCAAUUGAACUAUACAACGAAUGACAUGUAUGAUGCUUUAUCGUUUCUAAACAGAGUAGAGCCACAUGAACUUAUAGCUGCAAACAGAGAUUCUGGUGUAGUUGUUGAACCAUGUGUUGAAAAGCAAUUUCAGGAUGCUGAUAACUAUGUAACCAAACAUCCAGAUAAUAUAAACAGUGUGAGAGGUGUCGAUGUUUUAAUUGGUUUUAAUAACGAUGAAGGCUACGUUGGCGUUAUUACGAUGGAAAAACAAGAAUAUGAAAUUUUUGACUUCGUGUCUUUUGUUUUAGAUAAAGAUUUUGAAUUCGAAAAUGAAAGUAAGCUAGAUGAAAUGAAAAACAUAAUUAGGAAUUUUUAUUACGGUGAUGACGUUCAACAUGCAGAUAAUAGGAGACCUAAUAUGAAUGUAUAUGCUGAUUUUACUUAUUACAGUCCGAUAUUAAGGACUAUUAGAAAAUAUUUGGACAGUGGGUUAGACAAUAUGUAUUUCUAUAUGUUUUCAUAUUCUGGUGAAAGGUGUUUUGCGAAAGAUAUAGAUAAUAUAUCAUACACAGAAGGAGGCGCUGCUCACGCAGAUGAGCUGGGAUAUUUAUAUGACAUUUCAUACAUGAAGGAGCGGUUGCGUGAUGAAGACAUGCUAAUUGUUGACAGGAUGACGGAACUUUGGACAAAUUUUGUUAAGUAUGGAAAUCCAACACCAAAACUAUCAAAGUUGAUCCCUCUUCAUUGGCCACGGGUAACCCAGGACCAACUUCCAUAUUUGGAGAUAAACACUGAACUAAGCCUAGGAUCAAGUCCUAUGCAUCGGCGGAUGAGUUUUCUAGACCUUUUGUACAGAGAAUUAGACUCUAUCGCUGGUCGAUAUAGAAUGAACAAUGAAACGGGGAACGUGUAAUUCAUGUGUAAGAAAAACGUAUAAUCAUAGUUUCACUAGACUUAAAUCGACCGGGAUAUGGACCGGGAUUACCUUUUAUAUUGCUUUUGUCCUCCCGAUAUUUCAAUUCAGUUACAUGCAUCUUGUUCACCUAACCUGGGUAACCUGUGAACAAUAUGCGUAAAUAAAACUAAACGUGAAUCAUUCAAAACUGUU